AUCAUGCUGCAGAGUCCAGUUACUUCUACACCGUUCUCUGUCAAAGAUAUACUGAACCUGGAGCGGCAGUCGUCUCUGCAUCUCGAGUACCAGCACGCGCAGCUACAUCUGGAGUUGCAACAACAGCCGCAACAUCCCCCUCCCACGUGCAUGCUUGCAGCCACAGAAAGCCCCCGCUUCUCGGACGGAGAGGAGAAAAUGUCCUACCUGAAUUCAUUGUCCCUGCAGGGUAGUGAAGGCGAAGCCAAUCUCUCUCCGGACAUGUACGUCCAACCCGCGCUAGGACAUACAACCGACCCCCUGUUAGAAGUCCCAAACGAUGACCAGGGAUCCAAAAGCUGCAGAGCUGUCUUCAAGUCUCAGGAAUGCGAUGACGGUAGGCAAUCGGACUCAGAGCGACCCCAGAAACAGCGAACCAGACGCAAGCCCAGAGUUCUUUUCUCUCAGGCCCAGGUGUUCGAACUGGAGCGGCGAUUCAAGCAGCAAAGAUAUUUGUCGGCGCCCGAGAGGGAACACUUAGCGAGCAGUCUACAGCUGACUUCCACGCAGGUCAAAAUAUGGUUCCAAAACCGAAGGUAUAAGUGCAAAAGGCAGCGUCAAGACAAAUCGCUGGAAAUGGCCGGCAACACCCAUCCGCCACCUCCAAGAAGGGUGGCAGUGCCAGUGUUGGUUCGGGACGGCAAACCUUGCUUGGGAGGAUCGCAGAACUACAACACGGCAUAUACGGUGGGGACGAACCAUUACAGCUACAACGGCUACCCAGCGUAUGCCUACAAUAGCCCUGCGUAUAAUAAUGGGUACAGUUGCACGUACUCAAGUAUUCCUUCUCUUCCACCGACUACGACGGCCAACGCUUUUAUGAACAGGAACCUCGGCAACAUAGCAAAUAUCGGCACUUCUCCACAGUCUCAAACGCACCAAGGAACAACAGUCUCCACCUGUCAAGGAACAAUGCAGGGUAUCCGUGCUUGGUAG